AAAAAUACCUCUCGAGCCCAUAUUCUGACCCAACCCGUUUAACUUAUAUAACACAUCAUCAUUAAAUUGGUUUCAACGAUAUCAAUUUUAGGGUUUCUUCCGUUUUUCACUAUCACUGCAUUGCUGCGCUUGGAUCAGAGAAAUGGCGAGGAUUAAGGUGUACGAGUUGAGGAACAAAACCAAAGCGGAUUUGCUGAACCAGCUGAAGGAUCUGAAGGCGGAGCUUGCUUUGCUCCGAGUGGCGAAAGUCACCGGCGGCGCACCGAAUAAGCUAUCCAAAAUUAAAGUUGUUAGGCUUUCGAUAGCACAAGUGUUGACAGUGAUUUCACAGAAGCAGAAAGCUGCACUUAGAGAAGUAUACAAGAAUAAGAAGUAUUUGCCACUCGAUCUUCGUCCCAAGAAGACCCGUGCCAUUCGAAGACGGCUUACCAAAAAUCAGGCAUCGUUGAAGACAGAGCGAGAGAAGAAGAAGGAGAUAUACUUUCCAUUAAGAAAGUAUGCAAUCAAAGCUUAGGCUAGGAUUGUUUUCUAGUUGCAUUUGUAGACCUUUUAUUUGAAUUAUUGGAACUUUAAGGUUGCCUAAUUUGUUUGUUACUGUAUCUGCAAUUCAAUUUUUGUUCUAGUUGA